AAAUAGAGACAGGCAGAGAGGGAGAGGGGAAGAAAGCUUGGAUUUUUCUCUGUCUGUUGGUGGAUUUCAGACCAGUGGGACCAGGAUCAGAUUCUGAGGCAGCUGCUGUUUUGGUAAGAAGCAAAUUCCAAUAUUUGAAAAUGUAUAUUUUUAGCCUGAGCUAUCUUAACAAGAGCAGCUUUUAAUGCACACAUAAUAAUGAUGAAGAUUAUGUUGUUUGGUGGAGUUCCUUCAGCUCUGUCUUCUGGGCAGCCUGUGACCUCUCAGCACACACACUCCCCUUACGUUCACCUUGAAAAAUUGAACAGAUUAUUGGACAUUAAUGAGAUUAAUGCAGACUGUGGGCAACUUUUUAUUUCCUUUGGUGUGUGUUUGUGUAUGAUGACGACAGCAGCUGAGUUCACAGUUGGUGAGCUCAGUGUGGGUUAAUGUGGCAGCGUUUGGUCACUGCUUAUUUCAGCUGCUCUGCUGCUCCUCCUUCUCUCCUCCUCCUCCAACUGACGUCACUCUAUAAGGAGCAGACGGAGGUGCCGGAGCAGUAGCAGAGCAGACUGAACACUGGCGCCUCCGGACCAUGGUCAUCUGAUAUAUUACUGCCUUUUCUGCUAAUAAUCUGUGGCUGACCGCUGCCGAGGCUGACUAGAAGGGUCUCAGUGCCAGGAGUUUAUGUGUAUGUGUGUGUGCAGCUAUGGGCAAGGACUACUACAAAACCCUGGGUAUACCCAAGGGCUCCAACGAGGAGGAGAUCAAGAAGGCCUACAGACGCAUGGCCCUGCGCUUUCAUCCAGACAAGAACAAGGAUGCUAACGCAGAGGAGAAGUUCAAGGAGAUCGCAGAGGCCUACGAGGUACUGAGUGACCCCAAGAAGAGGGUUGUCUACGAUCAGCUAGGAGAGGAAGGAUUGAAGACUGGAGGCAGCACCACCUCAGGUGCUCCUGGCAGCACCACACACCACUACACCUUCCAUGGAGACCCCCAUGCCACCUUCGCCUCCUUCUUUGGAGGCUCUAACCCUUUCGACAUGUUCUUUGGCUCCAACCGAAACCACAGUCGCUCAAACGGCUUUUCCUUCCACAACGACCACAGCAAUGACACGGAGCAGGACAUGGACAUGGAUGACGAUGAUCCCUUCACUCACUUUGGAAGGCAGUUUGGCUUUCCUGGAGGAAUGAGCAAUGGCUUCCAUGGGGAUGGACGCAGGAGAAGAGGGAUGCCAUCUGAGAGCCUGUCCAACAACAGGAAACACCAAGAUCCUCCUGUGGUCCACGAACUGAAGGUCUCACUGGAAGAGAUCUUCCAUGGCUGCACCAAGCGCAUGAAAAUCACCCGCCGCAAAUUGAAUCCAGAUGGGCGGAGCAUGAGGACUGAGGAUAAAAUCCUAAAUAUAGUCAUUAAGAAGGGCUGGAAAGAAGGGACUAAGAUUACUUUUCCAAAGGAAGGGGACGAGACCCCGGAGAACAUUCCUGCAGACAUAGCCUUUGUACUCAAAGACAAAGGACACGUCCACUUCAAGAGAGAUGGUUCCAAUAUAAUUUUCAGCUGCAAGAUCAGUCUAAAAGAGGCUUUGUGUGGCUGUACAGUUAACAUUCCUACUCUGGAAAACCGCAUCAUCUCCCUUCCCUGUCAUGAUAUCAUCAAGCCCGGCACGGUGAAGCGAAUCAGAGGGGAAGGUCUGCCGUUUCCUAAGAACCCUUUACAGCGAGGUGACCUCAUCGUGGAGUUUUCAGUCCGUUUUCCAGACAGAAUCCCCCCACAGUCCAAAGAAAUUAUCAGACAACACCUCCCCCAGUCAUAGGGGGGCUCACCUCUGCCACCAACACACCCCGCAGCCUAAACUCAGAAAAGGAAACAGUCUCCCCUCAAGUUAGCCCCUUACUGAAGUCGUCUGUCCUGUGUUUUGUGUUGACACACCGCAUUCAAGAGAAGCUGUCGAGGACAUCACAGAAGGAGGACGAUGGAAGAACAGCAACACAAAACUGUAUCAGGACCGAACUGUUUGUCUUUGUCACGGCUCCUGGCCCAAGCACACACACACCUUUGAGCCGUGCAGAGAAGCCGAUAACGUGCUCAGCAUGGUUGUGGCUUAAACUGGAAAUUUUCUUAUUUGUGUUUUUAUAGCUCAGUCGGUGGUUUUAUACGACCAUCAACCGUCUGACUCCCAUCUCUUUGUAAUACGAUGAAUGGUACGACAAAGUUUUGCUUGUUUUUUUAAAAAAGAAAUUUCUUCUUUGAGUGUGUGAAUCCCAAUUUAAACAUAAGGCUCAUAACUUAUCCCACUGUCACCUGUUUUUCCUCCUCCUUUGGUCUAAUAAACCAUAGUGAGCAGACAUUUAGUGUUUAAUCAGACCCAUCACCAUCACUGCAUACCAUACAAGCAAGUCUAGGCUGCACUGGAAAAUCUGAGAAUGACAAUCACAUACUGUAACAGCAGUGUAAGUCUGGAGAAGACAGUCAAAUGGGUGCUUCCCCUUCUGAGCUGCAAGGCCUCUCUGAACCAGAGGGCCCAGCUCCAUAUUUGAGGAAUAUGUUGGUGCCUUAGCCCUGAAUAAUACCACACACAUGAACACACUGAACGCUAGGGUGUCAUCUAUAAUACCAGCUGUGUCAAGUGCACAAUAAAAGAAAACCUCACCUGAUGCUGUGUUAGAUUCGACCAAGGCUGCUGAAUCAAGCAAUGUUGAGUCAAUGGCCAUAUAUUACUGUAUGUGAGCAUGGAUGGAUAUCAGGGGGAUCUGAAUGUUGCCAAUACAUUCUUGUGAAGUGUCCCACAAAUACAGAUUGUAAAGUUUGAAAUGGGUUGAAUCCAGCUCUGUUCUGUACGGUGCUACUGUGGGCCACAGCAAAAUAGACCAACAUUGUGUCUACUUUUUGUUUUAUGAGUCUCCUUUUUAGAUCUCAGUAGAUUUAUAGUCUGUUGGAUUGGUGCAUCAAUUUUGCGUCCGUGUUCCCGGGCAGAAAACUAUUCUGCAGCCACUACGCCACCGUGUGGCUCAAAUAGAAAACGCAUUUCAAAGGAUUAGGUUUUCAAAUACAGCAGCAGUUGUUUGCCUCAGCUGCAAGGAGCUCUGGGAGCUUUUCUACUGUACUUAACGUAGUUUGUGUGACUUAUGUGUGUGCGUGUGAGUGUGCGAGAUGUGUGUGUUUAAUCAGGAGGGCAUGAAAAAAGUCAAUGUAUUAUUUUAUGGGAUCAGCCAAUAGUGACACUUCAGCAUCACUUGACAAAAUGCACUUUUGUAUCAUAAAAGAUCGUAAUUGUAUCAAAACACGAUGGAGACACUUGAACAACAGCGUGUCUGACUGUCCUGCCUCUCACAGCCAUAAAGGACCGGACGUGGCUACAACCUGAUUACACAUGUGCUGCUGCUGCUGCUGCUGCAAAAGCCUCAGUGUCAUUCUUUCUGUGCAUCUGAUAAUAUUUAUGAUUUUUUUUUUUCAGGAUGUAAAACGAAUAAAAUGAAUGUGUGAAAUGAACGGUUUCUGUCAUGUAUCCUUCAGGUUUGACUUCAUCAACGUCAUAAUUCUUCAUAAUGGAUGUGAUGUCAAGUUUUUACCAUAUGACAGUAUGACUAUUUUGAACAGUGAAAAUGUGUUAUUGUAUUUUGUACUUCUUUUUCACCUUAUGGGUUUAGCGCUGCCAUCUGCAGGCGAACGGUCGUAAAAACGGUAAUAUACUACCGUGUGAUAUUAAUUCUUCUUUUUCUUUCGGCUUUGUCCCUUUUUUCAGGGGUUGCCACAGUGAAUCAUUGAUUUCCAUCUCUCCCUGUUCUCUGCAUCUUCCACUCUGACUCCAACUAUCUGGAUGU